UGGUGGACAUUGCAGACGAAUUUUGGCCUAUGAACGAUGUUCUCGUUUACAAAUAACAUUAAUGUCCAACCAAGUAAUUUCUUGUAUAUGUUAGAGAUGUAUUCAAGUGGAUUUGAGUCUUGAACGACAAUUAGCAAAAGAAAUUCUUGUUUUUAGUCGGUUAUAUCCUAGAUAAGUGCUUGCGAGAGUCGGGUCAUGUAUAGAAACCACAUGUGUGAAUCGACAUAUGUGUCACAGUGCAAAUGAGUGAAGUUCCAUUGGAUGGUCAAGUGACAGGGGGCGAUAUGUCUACUAAAGUAAAGAUUAAAGCCGAGAAAGACGAAAUACCGGUAAAACAUUAUAAGAACGAUGACGAUACGGAAAAAGAAAAGGCUGGUAUUCCCGAUGGUGAUAAGGCAGUGCUUCACACUAAAUUGUUAGAACAAUGUCAACAGGAACUAAUAACAGUGAAGGACAAAUUAAUAAAAACUGAAAGACAGCUAGAGAAGGCAAAUGCGUAUAACGAAGAUUUGCGUGGUGAGCUGGACAAGUUGAGUUCAGAGCUUCACAGUCUAAAAAGGGCAGCAAGAGAGAAUAGGACUGAUGCAGAAACACAGACGGAGGAUCAACAAGACAGUUCCACUGAAAGACAUGGAUUAUCUGAAGAUCAGGCCAUAGUGAUUGAUGAUUCAAUCAAUGAGGGCAAUGAAGACAAAACAGAUGGAGAUAGUAAGAGGACAACAAAGAGUACUAAAACACUGGAGAGUGCUGAAACAGAAGAUGGUGCAAGAACAGACAAGGAUGGUAAAGUUAAGGAAAGUGCUUCAACAGAGAGUGAUACUAAAACAAAAGAUGAUAAUAAAAUGGAACAUGAUGCUAAAGUAGAGAAGGAGGCCAAAGAAGGAGAAGAACAAGUUUCCAGUACAUCCCUGGCUGAUGAACUGCGAGCUACAGCCGAGGCAGCUGUACAGCAGACUGGCUAUGUGUAUGAUGAAAACUCUGGACUUUACUACGAUUACAACAGUGGAUACUACUACAAUGCAGAAAAAGCAUUGUAUUAUGACCCUAAUACAGGAACAUAUUUUUACUACAACUCAGAGACUGGCAAAUAUGAUUUCCACUCCCUAGUAGAUUUGUCACAAUACAGUACAGGCCAGGAUUCCCAGCAGUAUAACAACUAUUAUGGUCAGGACCAUUCCUCCAGUGACAGGGGAGGUAAUUACGACCUGACGAGGAAAGAUUAUCAAGCUCAUUCUAGCCACAGACACAGUGAUUCUGGGUAUGACCAAUAUCACCGACCAUUACCAAGGAGAGACAGGGAGACAUCCAGAUCAAGCAAGUCUUAUGAAGAGUAUGAUCAUCAUAUAUCAUCCCAGAGGAGGGACAAGGAAGGAUCAAGUAGAAUGGAUAGUGGCAAAAAGAAAAAGACAAAACGACUGCAGACAGAGGAAAUGGAACAUCACAAACGGAAGAAAAAGAAGAAAGAUAAAGAUAAAAAGAAAAAAAAGAAGAAAUCUUCCAGAGAGAAAAGGAGAGAUAAAACGUCAGAGAGGAAAAGUGAGAAAAAGAAGAAAGAUGAUGGCAGGAGAAAGGGAAAGGAGAGCAGAGAGGAAUCUGAGGAUGGUGAAGUGAGGUCAAAUGACAGUAAAGAAAGGGAUGUCAAAAGCAAAGAAAAAGACAAAGACAACAAAGAAAACAGCAAUAGUGAUGAGGAUAUGGAAAAUUACAAUUUGGAAGGGAAGUCGUACAUGGGUGAACUGUAUGAGAGUUUGGAUGAGAACAGCAAUAACCAAGUGACUUCUGAGGAGGCACCUGGGACGGAUGAUUUAUACGAUGAUUUGGAUGAUGACAAAAGUGCCGGAAAGUUUGAGUCUGGGGAUGAUGUUUCAUCCAAAAGUACAGAGAAUCAUCUGAAAGUUGGGGAUCAAAAACACAACUUUGACAAUCACUCCAACAUGGACCAUUCUCCGACAGAUAGGGAUGAUAGAAAUACUACACACAGUAAAAUAUCAGGUAGUUCACAACACCAUUCCGCCGACAUCAGUACUAGUCGCAGUAAAAACACACAGUAUUUAAGGUGGAAAAAGACACAUAGUUCUAAAGACAGUUCUUGCGAUACUUCUAGAAAACUCAGGGAAAAGGAAAGUAGGUCUAAAGAUUGUUCUUCUGAUAGUGAUUCUGCACGUAGCAGAAAGUCACAACAUCAUGAAAAAGAGUCUUGGAAUACAGAUAUUAGACACAAGAAAAAAACAGCUUUUUCUAAAGAACACAAAACUAAGACAAGCAUAUCAGGCAGUUCACGCAAACAUGAAAGUGCUAGGCCUGGUUAUCAUAAACAGUCCAGUAACCAACAUAGUAAAUGUCGGAUUAAGUCGAAGGAAACAUUUGGUGAAAAACAAGGCCAAGACAUAGACAUUCAUGGAAUAUCAGGUAAAAUGCAUAGCAAAAAAAUAGGUAAGCAUGGCAAAAGGUCGACAUCCAGUAGACAUGAAAGUGUAAGAAAAACAUCUGUGAAAUCUCGGAGGCAAGCGUUUUCGUCUGACAGUGAUAGUUACAGCGAAAGUAGUAAUAGUCUCUGUACUGGUGAGUCGGAGCUGGAAUCAGGGGAGAUAACCAGUAGUUCAGAGGAGGAACCUGUUCCUAUGCAGUGUGAUGAUUACGAGGAUAGCCAGGAACGCUAUGGAGAAAGUCACUCAAAUGAUGUCAUUAUGGCUGAGGAAGAACUGGUGAGUCAAUGGCCGCCAUGCAUCCGUGUGAUUGUAACGGACUCGGACACCAUUGAUCCUGGGAAUCUGUUCAUCAUCACCUGUACUGGAGCCACAGUAGGCCGAGAGAAAGAGAUGGGCCACACUAUCCUCAUCCCUGACAUCAAUGUCAGCAAGGCUCAUGCAGAAAUCCAGUUUGAUGAGAAAGAGUAUAAAUACUACCUUACAGACUUAUCUAGCCAGAACGGCACCUUCCUUAACGAGGAGCGUGUGUCCGAGCCUAAGGUAAAGAGUAAACCUAUGGUGCUGAGUCAUGGGGAUACUCUGCAGUUCGGCUGUACUCGUCUGCUUCUACACAUUCACGAUGGCACAGACACUUGUGAUGAGUGUGAACCAGGACAGGUGCAGGCUCAGCUACAGGCCCAGAACCAGCCAAAGAAAGAAAUUGUUAUUCUGAGUAAGGAAGAAAAACUAAGGCAACAAAGACAAGAGCUGAAGAAGAUAAAAAAGAAAUAUGGACUCAAGAAUUCUGCUUAUGUUGACAACAUGGGGGCCAUCAACAACCCAGCAUAUAAUGACAAGGCUGACGAAAGGAGGAAAACGGUCGGCAGUGAUAAUCCAUAUCAACCUGACGAGGUCCCUGCUUCUGUGCACAGACCUAUCUCUGAAGAAAACAAAGGACACAAGAUGCUGAAGAAGUUAGGAUGGACAGAAGGGGACAGUCUUGGAAAGGAUAAUGAGGGAAUUAGACAGCCUAUCUCUGUCAAGUUCCGUGCCAACAAGUCAGCAGGACUGGGAUCAGGUGGCGCUGGAGAAGGGUCAGUGCAGGAAGUGGGAGAUCUAAAACGGCGACAGAAAUGGAUGAAUGCGCAACGACGCUACAACAAAAUGGAUCAGGAUAACGUAAAGAUUGGCAGUGGACGUGAUAAACAAACUUUGACUACUCCUAAAUGGGUACAAGGCGAGACACAGGAGGGCGAGACACAGGAGGGCUAAGACUUAAUUCUUGUGGGGACUGGGGUAGAUUUCCUGUGGGGGAAUUGAGUCUUCCGUAAUAUCAAGGAGGGCUUGGAGAUCUUCCUGUGAAUAUUGAGAAGGGCUAGGGGAGACAUCCUUAAAAUAAUGAGGACAAGGCUUCCUGUGUACAAUGAGGCAGGAUAGGAAAGACUUUUUGUUAUCAAUGAGGAAGGGAGGUAAUUUCACGUAGGGGAGCCAAGACUUCCUGUGAAUAAUGAGGAGGGCUAAGGGAGAAUUCCUGUAUCGGGGGAGCUGAGACUUCCUGUGAAUAAUGAGGAGGGAUAGGGGAGAGUUCCUGUAUUUGGGAGCUGAGACUUCCUGUAAAUAAUGAGGAGGGCUAGGGGAGAGUUCCUGUAUUGGGGAGCUGAGACUUCCUGUGAAUAAUGAGGAGGGCUAGGGGAAAGUUCCUGUAUUGGGAAGCUGAGGCUUCCUGUGAAUAAUGAGGAGGGCUAGGGGAGAGUUCCUGUAUUGGGGGGCUGAGGCUUCCUGUGAAUAAUGAGGAGGGCUAGGGGAAAGUUCCUGUAUUGGGGAGCUGAGGCUUCCUGUGAAUAAUGAGGAGGGCUAGGUGAGAGUACCUGUGAAUGAGGAGGGACAAAACCUCUGGUAGGGGAGCAGAACCUUUCUAUUGACCAUGAUAGGCUUAAUCUAUUGAACAUGAUAUAACAAAGAAGAGGGAUGAGGAUAGAUUUUGUAUUGUGGAGCUAAUUCCUGUGAAUUAAAUAGCAAGAUUUUCUGUGUAGAUGAGAUUUCCAUUGUACAAAAUGGGGAGAGGGAGUAGAUUUCCUGUAUGGGGGGAAACUGAAACUUCCUGAUAGCAAGGGAGGUAAAGUUUGUGUGCCGCUGAAUCAAUAGACUCUGUGGGCAGAGGUAAAGUUUGUGUGCCGCUGAAUCAAUAGACUCUGUGGGCAGAGGUAAAGUUUGUGUGUCGCUGAAUCAAUAGACUCUGUGGGCAGAGGUAAAGUUUGUGUGCCGCUGAAUCAAUAGACUCUGUGGGCAGAGGUAAAGUUUGUGUGCCGCUGAAUCAAUAGACUCUUGAGGGCAGAGGUAAAGUUUGUGUGCCGCUGAAUCAAUAGAUUCUGUGGGCAGAGGUAAAGUUUGUGUGCCGCUGAAUCAAUAGACUCUUGAGGGCAGAGGUAAAGUUUGUGUGCCGCUGAAUCAAUAGACUCUGUGGGCAGAGGUAGACUUCUCUAAAGGUGGGACUCAACCAACAGAUGUUGUCUGUAGCGAGAUGAAAGGACACUUAUAUUUGGAUAUACCACAGUCUGACUGUAUUGUGGUACAGAAAUAGACAGCUCUCAUUAGAACUUUUAUCAUACAGCCAUGUUUCUGCUGAAGCAAAAUUGAUCAGACAUGUAAAUUCCUGAACAUUUGUUUCAGAUUGUAGUAACUGAUCAACCCAUUCAUUAGGACAUCCUCUCAUGGAAAUUUGUUUUCUUUUAAUUUUUUUGAAAUUAUUGGACAUAUUAUUUUUGAUUGUCUUCCUAAUGACAUUCAUGAAAUUCAAGAGGUUACGCUCACUUUCGUUCUCUGCACCCUGGAAUAUGUCAUGACAAAUUUAAAAUCGAAGUCAUGUAGUUAGCCAUUUGAUUAGUUUCAGGUGAAAAAACUGACCAAUCGCUAGGUUGAUCCCUGCAACACUUGGGUGUGGUUCUUUUGUGUACAUCAAAGAAUCAAAGUAGUGUACUCAUAUCAUAUACAGGGUGAUACGUAGACUGGCCACCGUCUCUAGAAUAUUAAAUAAUUAAGAAAAAAAUAAAACUCUAAUAAUUUUUGAUCACUUGGAUGUCUGAUUCUAGACUAAACUAAGUUCUAAACUAGGGGGAGAUAAGCCAGUAGUAAAAGGCAGCUGAGAAAUGUUUCAUAAACACUUAGGGGAUGGUAGCCAGUCUAGGUGAUACCUAGAGAGAGUCUUAGUUUUUGUCCUGACAUAUUCCAGGGGUGCUUAGAACCUUAGACAGAUAAACAUUAUUUAUUUUACAAUUAUUACGAUACGGAAAAUGUUUAGUGACAUAAGAAACCCUAUCUUACUGUGUCUGGUUACAUGUUCUGCCCUCAUUGACCAGCCCAAAGGUGACCCUGUCUAACCAAUUUGAGGUCCAAGUGCACCUGAAAUCUAACAGCCAUGAGAACAGGUCUGAUAUGUCUGGAUGCCUCAUUCGCACCUGUCAUGGCUAGCCCUAGGUGAGCAUGUUUGAGUACAUAUAUACAUUCGCCAGCUCCGGGUAAUCCUGUCUGACUGGGUGUAUGUAAACCUCUCCUGGCCAGAGCCAGGUGACCAUGUCUGGGUGCGUAUUAACUAGCCCUCCUUGUUUUCCUUCAGUACGAAGAAUUUAACAGGUGGCUUACUACACCGUUUUUCAAAAAAAAAGGACCACAGGAAGUUCCAUGUAAAUCAUUUGUGCAUGUUAUCAACAUGUAACAAAGAGCUGAACAAAAUGCUAGCUUCUGUGCUGGAAAUAAAACAGUUUUGUACAAAAAAUGGGUGUUGACUGAUUUUAAGUGUUUACACAGAAAGAAAUUAAACAAAGAUAAAAAAAAAAAUGCAGCUGUUUUUUGAUAGAAAAUAAUUUACUUGCAAAUU